CCUCUUCAGUGAACCCCGCCAGCAGACUCACCGGGCCACUCAAACAUGAGGCCAAUUGAUCUCGCCGGCCGGUCGGGCGCUGCCCUGAAGAGGGCCUUCCGAGCGCAGCAGCUCCGCCGAAUCGCCAUCACGCGACCAUACUCGAACGGGCCGCUGCUGCCCCCGACGUACGAGAAGCUCUACAACAAGUACUCGGAGGUCCGCCGGGUGCUGGGCGCGCAGCGGCUAACGUUGGCCGAGAAGAUCCUGUACAGCCACCUGGACAACGUCGAGGAGUCGCUGCUCUCCAACACGAACGAUGGGCGCGACAUCCGCGGCAAGGCCAACCUCAAGCUGCGGCCCGACCGCGUAAACAUGCAGGACGCCUCGGCGCAGAUGGCGCUCCUGCAGUUCAUGUCCUGCAACCUGCCGCAGACCGCCAUCCCGGCCAGCAUCCACUGCGACCACCUGAUCGUGGGCGAGCGCGGUGCUGACGACGACCUGUCGGCGGGGAUCCAGACGAACCGGGAGGUCUUUGACUUCCUCGAGUCCGCGGCCAAGAAAUACGGCAUCGACUUCUGGCCCCCCGGUGCGGGCAUCAUCCACCAAACGGUGCUGGAGAACUACGCGCUGCCGGGCCUGAUGAUGCUGGGCACGGACAGUCACUCGCCCAAUGCCGGCGGGAUGUGCACCAUCACAAUCGGGGUGGGGGGGGCAGAUGCCGUGGAGGCGCUUGUCGGCGCUCCCUGGGAGCUGAAGGCGCCCAAGAUUCUGGGUGUCAGGCUGACGGGCAAGCUGAACGACUGGGUGGCCCCUAAGGAUCUCAUUCUACACCUUGCCGGGCUUCUCACCGUCCGCGGCGGGACCGGUUACAUCGUCGAGUACUUCGGCCCUGGCGUCGAGACGCUGAGCCUGACAGGCAUGGCCACGGCUUGCAACAUGGGCGCUGAGAUUGGCGCCACCACAUCCAUCUUCCCUUACACCGAAGCCUCCAGCCGGUACUUGAAGGCGACGCGGAGGGAGCAGGCCGCCAGAAACGCGGCGCUCUUCCAGAACUUCCCGGGCGCUGGCGCCGCCGACGAUGCCUUCUUCAAGUUCGGGGCCGACGAGGGUGCGCAGUACGACGAGCUGAUCGAGAUUGACCUCUCGAAGCUCGAACCGCACAUCAACGGUCCGUUCACACCAGAUCUUGCCACGCCGCUGUCCCAGUUCAAGAAGACAGUGCGGGAGCAGCAAUGGCCGGAGAAGCUCUCCGCAGGCCUCAUCGGCAGCUGCACGAACAGCUCGUACGAGGACAUGACCCGCGUCGAGAGCAUCGUGCGGGAGGCUGAGAAGGCCGGCCUGAAGCCCAGGGCGGAUUUUUACAUCACGCCCGGCAGCGAGCAGAUCCGCGCGACGCUCGAGAGAGACGGGACGCUCGAGACCUUCACCAAGGCCGGCGGCAUCGUGCUCUCCAACGCCUGCGGCCCGUGCAUCGGCCAGUGGAAGCGCCACGACGGCGUGCAGAAGGGCACGCCGAACGCCAUCCUGACGUCUUACAACCGCAACUUCCGCGGCCGCAACGACGGCAACCUGGAAACCAUGAACUUCCUCGCCUCGCCCGAGGUCGUCACCGCCAUGGCCUACGCGGGCUCCACCACCUUCAACCCCAUGACCGAUGUGAUCCCGACCCCGGACGGCAAGGAGUUCCGCUUCCCCGCGCCGCGCGGGCUCGAGGGCCCGCAGACGCCCUUCGAGCAAGGCAAGGAAGUCUUCUCGGUCGCCUCCCAGCCGCCCGACCCUUCGGUGCGGGUCGCCAUCUCGCCCGCGUCCGAACGCCUCGCCCUGCUCGAGCCGUUCGACCCCUUCCCCGAAUCGGACCUGACCGGCCUGCGGGUGCUGGUCAAGGUGUCCGGGAAGUGCACGACCGACACCAUCUCGGCCGCGGGGCCCUGGCUCAAGUACAAGGGCCACCUGCCCAACAUCAGCGCCAACACGCUCAACACGGCCGUCAACGCCGAGACGGGCGAGGUCAACGCCGCGUACGACUAUGCCGGCGGCGGAAGCAGCGGCGAGGAGGAGAAGAAGAAGUUCACCAUCCCCGAGCUCGCGCGCCGCUGGAAGGAGCUGGGCCAGCCAUGGCUGGUCGUCGCCGAGCACAACUACGGCGAAGGCUCGGCGCGCGAGCACGCCGCGCUGCAACCGCGCUACCUCGGCGCCAGGAUCAUUGUGUGCAAGAGCUUCGCGCGCAUCCACGAGACCAACCUCAAGAAGCAGGGGGUCGUGCCGCUCACGUUUGCGGACCAGGGGGAUUACGACCGCAUCGGGGCCGGCGACGAGGUCGAGACGGUCGGGCUGUACGACAUGUUGCGGAACGGGGCCCGGGGCGAGGUGAAGCUGAAGGUCAAGAGGCGGGCGACGGGCGAGGAGGUGCUCAUCCCCGUCAAGCAUGCCGUUAGCGCGGACCAGGCGAGGUUUAUUCUGGCCGGGAGCGCGCUGAACCUGCUCGCUAGAGGGGGUUGAAAAGAAAACUUAAGAUACCUAUCCGUACCUACCUAGGUACGCAAGGGAUGGAGAUACUAAGGUGUGUUUGUGCUAGGGUAGGUAGGAAGGAUCAAUGCCGUAUACCCGUUACCCACUAAGUGUUGGUGCUGCCAUGGGAAGGGAUUGGUACAUAGUGGAAUAAAAUAAGACAAGGGCUUCAGCUCGCCGCUGCUGUAAUGACUCGGAGUCUACAUUGUGUCAAUCUGCCUCUACUAGUACUACCUAUGUUAUACACAGACCUCACCUAAGGUAAUGUAGGUGAUACAAGUACCUCGUGUGCUGUACAUGCAUACAGUACUCGCUCACUUCACCCCCAUCUUACCCCUCGGAGGUGUCCAUUGACCAUGCGUUAUAAUUACCUUACUUAGGCAAGGUAGUCAAUCUAACUGCAUUUCAGGCCGUCAGUGAUUGACUCGACCGUU